AUGAGUACAGGAGACAGGCCAAAAAUGCAUGAGCAAACUGGUUGCUUUGAUCCCAACACAAUGGCAGAAAGUGUAACUGUAACCUCUCAAAAAGAUAACUUUCCUCUGGCAGAGCCUGUAGCACCAUCAUCUAUGGUUGCAGGCAACACCACAAACAGCAAUAAUAAUAGCCUUCAAGAAAAUCUCAGGCUUUCUGUGGAAGAGCUCUCCUAUCACCAUCACAAUCCACAGCACCCUGAGGAUGUCUCAAACUUAGCAAAUGGAGUCAGUGCCACAACUAUUGAUACUCCACAUCCACAGCAUCUAGGUUUGAACAACAACAUGGAUAACCAUUUAGUGCAAGAGGUUAUUGAUGCCUUUUCCUAUCAGCAAUCCACAUGGGACCCAAGUGUUCAGGAAUUGCAAGACAUGGGCUAUGCUAAUCACUCACAACACCAGUCACAUGAACAACAAUUUCAGCAAAUUGAGGCACAAAACUGCAGCCAAAACUAUAACCCUUCUUCCAUAUUGGACCCUCCUUACCCUUCACCAGAUCUCCUAAACCUUCUUCACUUACCCAGAUGCUCAGCUUCAUCUUUGCUCACCAACCCCACCAGUUGCAUCACAAACCCAACUCAAAAAGCACCCAACUUUCAUAAUUCAAUGGGAUUUCUAGGAGACCUUCCAAUAGGAUCAGACAACACAAGUGCAUCCUCAGUUUUGUAUGAUCCUCUAUUCCACUUGAACCUGCCUCCACAGCCUCCAGCCCUCAGAGAGCUGUUUCAAUCUCUUCCCCGUGGAUACAGCUUGCCAACAAGUUCCAGAAAUGGCUCUCUCUUUGGGGGAGGGGAUGAGAUAGAUGGUGAUGGAAGCCAGCUUGACAUGGGAGUGUUAAAAUUCAACAAGGUCGCAGCUUCUGUUGGCAAAGGAAGAAGAGGAAAAGCUGCUAAACCUUUUGCAACUGAGAAACAAAGAAGAGAGCAAUUGAAUGGAAAAUACAAAAUCUUGAGAAGUCUUAUCCCAAAUCCCACUAAGAUGGAUAGAGCAUCUGUGGUUGGUGAUGCCAUUGAGUAUAUAAAAGAGUUGAUGAGAACAGUGAAUGAGCUCAAAUUAUUGGUGGAGAAGAAAAGAUAUGGGAAGGAGAGGUGCAAGAGGCACCAAGCUGAAGAUGAUGCUGCUGAGAGCUGUAACUUACCUUUUGGAGAUCCAGAUGGGUGCAUAAGGACCUCAUGGCUCCAGAGAAAAUCCAAAGACAGUGAGGUUGAUGUACGGAUCAUCGAUGAUGAUGUUACAGUCAAGCUCUUUCAGAGGAAGAAGAUUAAUUGCCUGCUGUGUGUCUCCAAGGUUCUAGAUGAACUUCAGUUAGAGCUUCACCAUGUUGCAGGUGGACAUGUUGGUGAAUAUUGCAGUUUCUUGUUCAAUAGCAAGAUAACUGAAGGUUCUUCGGUCUAUGCAAGUGCCAUAGCCAACAGGGUGAUUGAUGUUCUGGACACUCAGUACACAGCAUCAGUUCCACAUGCCAACAGCUAUUAAAGAGGGUCAAGAUCAGCCACCAAAGGUCUCUAUGAAUUGAUUCUGACAUGUUUCAGACAGUAACUUACACAGUAAUGGUUUGAAUGAUAGUAAUAAAGUUCAUGGACACAAUAGUGAAAUUUACUAGUUUAGCAGUUUCAAACUUUCUGAUUUACAUGUAGUUUCUACGAUUCUGAUACAAAUUCAGUAGGGUUCCUUUGGAGGGACUAAACUACACAGUUAUAUUUUGGGUUAAUGUUAUUUGCAAAAGCUUUUC